GAAUUGUAGUUACUUGGUGAAAAACUUUCAAUCUAUUCGCAACGAUUGAAAAACUUUUUCAUAACAAACAUUUUUAAACUUUUUAAAAUUUCACAGAAUAUUUUAAAUAAACAGGACAAUGUUUGCUUCCCAGAUUUCCCAACAGCGCUACAAGUACAUUGUAGUACUGGAUUUUGAAGCCACUUGUUGGUUAGGUCAACCACCAGCAGAAUAUAGAAAUGCAGAAAUUAUAGAGUUUCCGGCAGUUCUUUAUAAUCUAGAAACCGGUACAGUUGAAGCAGAAUUUCAACAAUAUCUGAAGCCUACGGAAAAACCAAAAUUAAGUACGUAUUGCCUCGAUCUAACUGGCAUAACACAAAAAACUGUUGACAAUGGCAUUUCACUGCAAAAGUGCUUGAUAAUGUUUGAGGAAUGGUUGCGUAAAGAGUUAAGAGCUCGCAAUUUACAGCUGCCAAAAACUGUGAAAAACAACGAACUGGGCAAUUGCGCCUUUGUGACAUGGAGCGAAUGUGACCUGGGAAUAUUUUUGAAACAGGAAUGCUACAGAAAAGGCAUCAAUAAACCAACAUAUUUUAAUCAGUGGAUAGAUAUGCAAGAAGUCUUUAAGAAAUAUGCAAAUUCCCAUAGACGUAGUAACUUCAAAUAUGCCCUAAAUUAUAUGGGCUUACAAUUCAAGGGUAAGCAACAUUCGGGCUUAGAAGAUGCGCGUAAUAUAGCUGCUUUUACUCGUGCACUUGUUAUGAAGGGUGUUAAUUUGAAGAUAAACGCUGAUUUGACCCCCUCUACUUGGAAUCUUAAUUAUUUCUAAAGAAACUAACGAAUUUUUAAUAACUUUUAAACAGUAUUUUAAUACAAACAUUAAGUUUUUUGUUAAUUUAAAUUUUUUCUUACCUUUUUAUGUUAUUUUCACUAAAAUUUAUGAAAACUUUUGUAAAAGUAAUUGAAUUCACUUAAACUUCCUUACUUAUAUAUUUUUUUUAAUUCACUUUAAAUAUGAAAUAUUUUUUAAAAAUAAACUUAAAAUAUAAAUUA